AUGACGUUCUACACCUACUUGGUUGUUUACCCCGAGAGCGUCAAAACCCCUGCCCACUGGGCUGUGCUGGUGACAGCGACAGAGAAUGGCAAGGUUGGGCAGGAGUUUCAGGCUAUCGGCAGCCCAUUUCAUGGCUUCAACCUCGAAGUCAACAAGGAAUUCGACCUAACCAAGGAGCUCAAAAAACACUCCUGUGUCUUCCUUGGGACUCUAGAUGAUAGCUGGAACUCCCAGCUCGCCGGCGUGGCACAAAGUGUUGCUGCACCCGGGAUAAGCUCGACUCCCCUUGACCCCUUCGCGGGUGAAAAUUGCCAGAGCUGGGCUAGACAGUUCAUCCAGUCUCUCAUCGAUAGAGGCGCGCUGGGCUCUUCAGCAAUGGAAAGGCUUGACGCAGCUCCUCGGGUUUAA